CACGAUUUCGCCAAACAAUUCGUGAUCGCGGACGGACGACUCCAGAUACCCUCAACGCCCCGACAAUCCCCAAGUCACCGCAGCCAUGAGGUACAUUCACUCCCAGGAGAUUCUGGAAAUUCCAGAGGGCGUCAAGGUCAGCAUCAAGACCCGUAUCGUCACUGUCGAGGGUCCCCGAGGCAAGCUCACCAAGAACCUCGGUCACUUGGCUGUCAACUUCGGUCACCCCAAGAAGAACACCAUCUCUAUCGAGAUCCACCACGGCAACCGUAAAAAUGUUGCCACCCUCCGCACCGUCCGAUCCAUCAUCGAGAACCUGAUCACCGGUGUCACCAAGGGCUUCAAGUACAAGAUGCGAUACGUCUAUGCCCAUUUCCCCAUCAACGUCAACCUGGAGAAGAACAAGGAGUCUGGUCUGUUCGAGGUCGAGAUCCGAAACUUCAUUGGCGAGAAGAUUGUCCGACGAGUUACCAUGCACGAGGGUGUCGAUGUCGAGAUCUCCAAGGCCCAGAAGGAUGAGCUUAUCCUGACCGGCAACUCACUCGAGAACGUCUCCCAGAGCGCCGCAGAUAUCCAGCAGAUCUGCCGGGUGCGCAACAAGGAUAUCAGAAAGUUCUUGGACGGUCUGUACGUCUCCGAGAAGGGCAACGUCGUGGAGGAGGCCUAAGUGUACCAAACAAGGAUCUUUGUUUCUUUUGCGUUUCUGGGACUCCGGAGUGGCGAAGGUUCAUCAUUGCAUGUCACGUAGCACGGGGCUACUUUUUUUUAAAACAAAAAAAUUAAAAGUAAAGUGAAAGCGAUGACCACUUCUUUUUUUAUCUCUCUUCACUGUAGUUCUACCAUAACAUGCAUAUGCGACCUAUUGCCGCACUUAUGAACUGGGAAUGAAAUAUCAUCAUCCUUGGUUGGGGAGAGGAUACAGUCGUCGAGAAGAGUGAAUCUAGCAGAUGAACCAUGGCACUGAUGUUUCACACUGAUGAAACCUCGUGUGUCAGCCCUAAUGAUAGAAAUGAAGUCACAUAUUCUU